AUGGACUUGUCUGAUGCCUUUUUUGAAACUAUUCCUAUUUGGGUCAAUUUUUUGGGGCUUCCUCUGGAAUAUUGGCAUGAAGAUAUUUUCAAGGGAAUUGCUAGAGUGUUUGGGGAACUCCUAUCCAUUGAUCAAAUGACGACAACUAGGAAAAGAAUGGUCUAUGCCAAGAUUUGUGUGGGGGUGUCUAGAUCUAAGGACCUCCCUUCGCUAGUUGAACGGGUGUCGAAGUUGGGAAUGUUAGUUCAAACCAUUGAGUUUGAAUUGUUACCUUUCGUUUGUUUCUUAUGCAAAAAGGCAGGCCACUGGGCAAAGAAAUGCCCUCAAAAUACUAAGAAAGAUUCCAACAUAGGACCUAUUGUAUGGAAACCCAAACAUGUGGACACAAAAGAUCAGAACAAGAAGGAAGAUAUUGUACACCAGAAAGGGCCUGAUGGGAGUCACAAAAUUAAUAAGGAAAAUAAUGUUCGACCAAGCCAGAACAAUGAAGUGAAAGAAAUGGAUUAG